AUGUUUUUUGGGGUAGGCAAGGCAUUAGAUCUUGCCGAAGUCCCGGAUGAAACAUGGCACAAUGCAACGAUACUCGUUACUCUCUCAUCACUUCCGCCUUCAGCGGAAAAAGCCAAAAAUCUCAAACUCAUCCAUCUCUUCAGCGCCGGCACAGAUCGAUUGCGUGAGACGCCCGUGUGGAAUGAAACGGAAAUCCCCAUUACGAAUUCAUCCGGUGUGCAUGGACCGCAGAUAUCAGAAUGGGUUAUCAUGCAAAUCCUCAGCCAUUCGCACAGGGAGAAGCUUAUGGUUGAAUGGCAGAAAAAACACGUAUGGGGGAAUUAUCAAGAAUUGGGCGCGAUGAGAGACUGCGUGGGUCAGAGAUUAGGUGUUUUGGGAUAUGGUGCGAUAGGGAGACAGACGGCGCGGAUUUGCAAAGCUAUGGGUAUGGAUGUUAUAGCAUAUACGGCAUCGCCCCGUCCUACGCCCGAAUCGAGGAAAGAUAGUGGAAAGUAUAUCGUUCCCAAUACUGGGGAUGCAGAUGGUACGAUUCCUUCUGCAUGGUAUUCUGGACUCGAUAAAGCUAGUUUGCACAAUUUCCUCAAGCAGGAUAUUGACAUUCUGCUGAUUUCUGUUCCCUUGACGCCUGAGACACGUCACUUUUCUUUCUGCUGCCGAGUUUGA